AUGGCUGGUGACGGGAAGGGCGAUGGCAAGUCCGGCGCCAAGGGCGACAAGGCCGAAGCCUCCGGCGAGGGCGUAGUGAUCCAGCGGGUGAUUCGUGAGGUGGGAGGCGGGACUAGCUACCCCGUCCUCACCAAGGCCAAUUACUCUGAUUGGGCGCUCUUGAUGAAGGUGAAGCUCAAGGCCCGGGCGCUGUGGAACGUCAUCGAGAAAGGCGGCGCCGAUGCGCAAGAGGAGAUGAUGGCGCUCGACGCCUUGUGCGGCGCGGUGCCACCGGAGAUGGUGCCGACGCUCGCCAAGAAGGAGACGGCAAAGGAAGCCUGGGACGCGAUCGCGACCAUGAGGGUCGGGGACGACCGCGUGAAGAAGGCGACGGCGCAGCAGCUGCGCCGAAAAUUCGACCUCGCCACGUUCAACGACGGUGAGACCGUCGAAGAUUUUGGGCUGCGCCUGGAAGGCAUGGCGGCGCAUCUCAUCACGCUAAGUGAGGAAGUGAAGGACGCGGACAUCGUCGCGAAGAUGCUUCGCAGCGUGCCGCCUCGCUUCAAGCAGAUCGCGAUCGCCAUCAAGACGCUGCUGGACGUGUCGACGAUGACGGUCGCCGAGCUGACGGGCCUGCUCAAGGAGGCGGAGGAGUCAUUCGAGGAAGUGCCGGCGUCCCUGCAGCAUGAGGGCAAGCUGUACCUCACGGAGGAGGAGUGGGACGCGCGGCGGAAAAGGCGCGAGGCAGAGUACGGCGGCGGCGCGAGCAGUGGCUCGGCGCGUCGCGGCGGUGGCGGCGGCAGACGCGGGCGCGGCCGUGGGCGCGCUGGUGGCUCGUCGAAUGGGCCGGCAAAUUCGAACAAGCCCAAGGGCGACGAGUGCCAUCGAUGCGGCAAGACGGGCCAUUGGGCCCGGGAUUGCCGGUCGAAACCCAAGAGGGAGCAGGCCCAUGCGGUCCAAGAUGAGGAGGAGGCCUCACUCUGUUUUGCGAGCUGCUCCACCAUUCUUCCCUCACCAGCGCCGCCGCAAUCAUCAGCGACCCAGCCGACGCCACCGGCGGUCGCGUCGCUCGCCGGGGCCGAUUCAGCGCCGCUGGGAGCACUGCAUCACCAUGGAGAUGGCGGAUCUGGGCAGACGCCGCCUGUGGCCCAGAUCGAGAUCCGCGAAGAGAAGGUCUUCGCGCAGCUCGGAGAAGAAGAGGAGCGGGAGGCGGAAACGUGGGUCCUGGACUCCGGGGCAACCAACCAUAUGUCCGGGUCCAGGGCCGCCUUCUCGAAGCUGGAUCCGGAGGUGCGCGGCACCGUGCGCUUCGGUGAUGACUCGAUGGCGCGGAUCGAGGGGCGGGGCACCAUCGUCUUCGAGUGCAAGAACGGCGAGCUCCGGUCGUUUGCCGGGGUCUACUUCAUUCCCCGGCUGACGACGAACAUCGUGAGCCUGGGCCAGCUCGACGAGGUCCGCUUCAAGAUCGAGAUCGACGCCGGUGUGAUGAGGAUUCGGGAGCCCGACGGUCAGCUGCUGGCUAGGGUGACGCGCGAGGCGAAUCGCCUGUACCUGCUCUGA